AUGGAUCCACCCCCUGGAUUUCAGGCUGAGGGGGAGCAUGCUGGGAAAGUCUGUGAUGAUGCUUCAGGGAUUGCUCAGGCGAAACUUCAUCUUCAAAAGUCCUUUGAUGUGAAGGACUUAGGUCCUCUUCGAUAUUUUCUUGGAAUCGAGACUAUGCUAGAUGUAAGACAGAUAGACGUUCUACCUCUGGCUUCUGUACUUUCUAUGGUAAUCAUCUCAUAUCAUGGAAGAGUAAGAAGUAGGCUGUUGUUUCUAAAUCCUCUGCUGAAGUUGAAUACUGAGCUAUGGCUCAAGGUACUUGUGAGCUCCUUUGGCUUCAAUCAAUUUUGGGAGAGUUGGGGUCUUGUACAGAAAGGUUCUUCAAGGCUGUUUUAUGACAAUAAAUCAGCCAUUAUGCUUGCUUCUGAUUCUGUUUUACAUGAAAGGUCGAAACAUAUUGAGGUAGACAUUCACUUUAUUCGAGAGAAGGUUCGAUCGGGUAUCAUUAAUCCUAUUUUUGUUCCUUCUUCAGAAUAG